AUGGCACCCAACUGCAACGCAGACAACAAAUACAAAUGCUACUGCUCAGUAUGCAAAGUUCGAUAUGGAGGAUAUAACACUGUAUCUAUCCAGACAUUAAAGCGCUAUGAAAAAGCCGAGAAAAUUGUAGAGCUUAUGCAGAACAAUAUCCAUAUGCAAUAUAAUUAUAUUUUUAUUUAUUUCAAGAAUGAAAUAAUCGAAGAGACAUUUGAGGUUGAGAGCAAUGAAGAUACUAUGGAUUAUAUCUUUGAAUCGAAUGACAAUGAAGAAGUAAAAACAUCCACUCUGACCAGGAACCUACCUCUUUCUGAGUCUAAUGCUGUGUUUGGUAUUGAAGGUGAUGAAUACACUGGAAGAAACGAUUUUGACAAUGAAGAAUACGAAACUGACGGUGAAAUGAGUGACGAUGAAGAUUUUUCUUUUGAGUGUGUUUCCAAAUUAGGUUUUGUCCACCGUUUUAUUGUGGUUGCAAUUAUCUUAUUUGUCUCAUUGUAUAUCGUUGAUGAAGGCAUGGUAAUAUUGAUUUUGAUUGUCAACAAGGUGUUAGAAUUGUUUAAUGAUUCAUUCUGUCUUCCAUUGAGUGUUUCUGGACUAAAGCAACUGGCUGGAUUUGGUGGUUUAACAAAAGAAAUCAAGAAGUAUACUGCAUGUAGUAAAUGCGAUAUGAUUUAUGAUAAUGAUGAAUUCUUUCCAUUAUGUUGUACAUUGCCUAAGUUUGGUGGUAGCUCUCUGUGUUUCACAACGUUGUUCAAAGCUGGAUCCGAGUCAAGAAUUCCGAAAAAAGCAUAUAUUUACCAUUCAGUCAUAUCAUCUUUGAAAAUAUUUUUCCAUCGCCCUGAUUUUGAAAACGACAUCGAUUCUUGGAACCGUGGCCCCAAGGUGGAUGGGAUGAUAUUUGAUGUAUAUGAUGGCAAAAUGUGGAAAAGUAUGUUAGAUGUUCGUGGAUCCCUUUUGUAUAUGGUGAGCACUCUAUCAUGCUCACACUGA